AUGUGUCACGAUGUGAAACUACGCAAUUAUAGGAAUAUGGAAUUAACUAUCCUGCCACGGAUAUUUGUCGUUUGGAUUGUGCUUUUUAUCCUUCACCAUAGAUUUGCUCUCUCAAUGACACUGAACCAGCCGGAAAAUCUGACGUGUAUAUCGUACAACUUCCAGAAUCUUACAUGCUCCUUCUCCCUAGAUCGUAAAGGAGUCGCUGAUCAAAAGGUUAACUGGACCAUGGAGUAUCAAACCAAGCCAUUCGAAAAUUGGACGGCGCUGCCUCCUUGGAAAUGCAAUCUCGCGGCGUUCACGUGUGCAUGGGACAGCGUCAUGGAAAGAUCUAACUGGACCUUUAACCGCGCCACGUCGCACUACCUUAUCCGUAUUAAAGUCGAGACUCAAAACACGUCGUUUUGGAGUCGGCCUUGGAAUGUGAGCACUUCUGCUAUAGUGAAACCUGAUCGUGUGCGGUCGCUUAACGCCAAGCUUGAAAAUGCGUCGCUGCUGUUGAAUUGGAAAGGCCCGAUGAAACUGAGCAGGACGGACAUCGACCCUCUGGACUUCCGCAUACACUUACAGGACAGGCAUGUCUGGGACAACAGGACGAUCUAUGUCCACGCAGUGAAUUAUUCAUCCAAUCCUAAAAACGACUUUCAUAACAACGUUAGCAUGUUGCUAGGAAACGCCAACUACACAGUGACUGUGCAGGUGAAACCUUCACAGGCUCCCUCAGAUCUUUACUGGAGUGACCCAGAAACAGCGACAUUCAGCACCAAUGCCACAGCUCCGACAGAGGCUCCAACUAUGGCAGAUGGGGGCUUUGUUGUGAACGAGGUCGGGCAAAGCUGUGCGAAGGACUUUGUUAAUGUGACAUUCUACUGGAAGAAUCCCCACGUCAAAUACUUGCGGGGAAAGAACGAUAGCUACAAGAUAAGUUUUUACAUAAAAAGCUCGAAAACUAUAACAACAAGCACGUCGAUGACACCGUUCUUAACAACGUGUUUGAACAGAUUAGGCGAUUACUUUGUGAAUGUGCGGAUGGUCAACGAUGUUGGUGGUGAAUCUCCUAUAUCUUCUAACGUGACGUGGGGGCCUUGGAAGAGAGUAUCCAGAGCUCGAGUAGAUGUUGUGAUUGUUCAGGAAGCGAUUGAGGGCGUAAUAUUGGAAUGGUCACCACCAAGUGACCUUUGUAAUGCCAUCUCCAACGUCACAUAUUACUGGUGCAAAUCCCACAGAGAAAGUGAUGAUAUUCCUAAUUGUGAGACUUUAUAUUGGGAGAGGAAUGACACAAUAGACGGACUUUGUAACUACUCGGUCCAUCACCUUUACAAUACUGGUGACCCAUCAGGCAUGCGCUAUGCUGUCUCCAUAGCAACCAGUAAUGGUACUGGGGGCAUGGUGUGGGACAAAUAUCGCUAUGGAAACUACAAUGCUUUACCGGCACAGCUAAAUUACCAAGUUUCAAUAUCUACGGAUGCCAAGACAUCGAUGACGGUCAAGAUAUUGAAUCACGAGUUCCCACAGGUUAAUCAAGGGGGUAAACCUAGCGCAUUUCAAGUGAUUUACAGCGAAGUUACCACCCUUGGUUCGGCUUGUCCUUUAGAAAAAACACCAGCUAAUUAUACAGCAAAUUACUUGAAGUCAGAAAUAACCAUAGCUCAAUUAAAGUCAGGAGCAACGUAUGUUGUGUGCGUACGAGGAGUUAACCACGUAGGGUCAGGAUUGUACGGGCAACCGUUUGUUCUGCAGCUUCCCGAAGAGUCCAUAUCGUCACUGUUGGUUGGCAUUGUUGGAGCAUUUAUUGUGGGAAUGUUCGUACUUUUAAUGGGCUGUCUGAUACGGAAAGCCUUGCGAGAGAUAAAGAACUAUGUGAAAAGAAAAACGGACAUCACAACAAGUCACUUGGGAUGGCAAACAGUUUGUGAACAACCAGAAAACAUGUCAACAUUAUAUUCAGGUAAAGAUGGUUUGCAAUACACCAAAUCUCGUCAUCCAAUAAUGAGUAAUGACGAAUACAGACGUCUUAUAUGUGAUAACGAGACAGGGACUCAUUCAAAGAUCCAAAGGGGCAUAUCUACAGACUCCACACCUUCAUCGGAUAACGGCACUGUUUCGACAGAAAUUGAGACUGAUUCGAACACAACACUAGUGGACGACUGCUCAGACGAAAGUUUGCUUUGUCAGUCGUGCGAAACUUCUGUUCAACUAGUGGGAGACAACACUCAUUCACUGAAUUCCAAACGUUGUCAACCUGCCUACAAUGGCGAUUACAGCACGGUAGCGUGUAAUGACAUGCCUAACCAUGCUAUCACAACAAACACUCACGAUAACUGUGCAAGACCUUCGUUUGAGGCGAACAUCGAUUCGAUUUGGAGAGACGACGAAAAUGGAAAUGUUGAAGACAGACUUGAACAUCCAAUCCACUUACCUUGUAUUCCCCGUCCGAGGAACUUUGAUUCGUGUUCAUCAGCUGAAGAAGAUGGGUUGGAACAACAAGAUGAAAAGUCUUCAUUAAUGAUCAAGCUGAAAGCAUCAAAUAACUUAAAUCAUUCAUUGACUGGUACGAAUGUGGAAACGGCUCAAGACGGAGCGUGUUUUUGUUUGAAUGAAGACAGUACGGUUUGCUGUUACACGAGUAAAGGUACUCCUGAAAGAGAUCCAGAGAUUGCUGGAAGUGCAAUAUGGAACGAGCAAUGCCCUUUGAAAUAUGAACAACACGUUUGUUUGAAAUCAACACCAUCAUACACGUUUGCAGUUGCUAUUGAUCAGGGGUCAUCUCGCAAUGAAAAGUGUGUCGCUGUUCUGUCAAAACCUUCUUCAACAAUCAGAGACAAUAGUUUUGCAACGGCUUACCAUCGUGCAGUCAUGGAUGAAGAUAAACAUACUGGCGCAGUAUACACAGAAUAUGUCAAACAUCCAGAACAGAUGUCGAAUAUUACCCUUCCAAACACCGAACACAGUGGAAAUGUAUCGAAUCAAUCAGAACCCCAAGGGGAUGUAAAUAGUUACCAAAGAUAUGUCUGCUCGGAUAAGGACAAUCUAGAUGGCGGUUGUUACAAGAUCGAAACAAGCGGAGCACUUGAUAAUGACAUCUAUAUUAGUGACUGUAAGACGGGUAUGCUUUUAAAACAAACUUUGAAUAAUGUUUUAAAAGACCCAUGUUCGUGUGCUGCUACAGCAAACAGGUCUACAUAUACGACUAGCACAAGUGCACAGAUAGAGAGUUUAAGCAUUUAAAUAAAACGAAAAUACUAUGUCGAUUGCCGAGAAGACUCAGAUGAGAAUUUUAUUUAGAAAUAACGAUGAGGCUAACAGUCGAUUUACUGACUUGAAUCGAAGCAUAUUAUCUUAUGCAACAACUGGCGAAGAUAAACAUGGAACCCAGAAUGUUUGUCAAUACGUUAAUGCAUGUUGACCAUGUUUGCGCAUUUUAAGGAUUCAAUCAUAAAGAUUUUCAAUCCGUUAUUGGAACAUUAUUUAGCUUUGAAAUGCAACAGUUUGUAUCGGUAUACCGUCGCCUGCGACAUGUCACCCACGAACAAAAUAAUUUCAGGCUGAGUGGUUAAUAGUUUAAAGAAGCAAACAAGAAACAGUGCCUCAUGGUCAAAUGGAAACGUUCAUUGUUUCAUAUAACUCGUUAAUUUAAAUAUGUUUUAUACAUACUCGUAUAAUUGUAAUCGCGUUUUAUAACUCACAUAAUAUGCUUGGACAUUUAAUGUAUAAAGAAAUAAUUCAAAUAUU